UUUCCAAAAACAGAAUGUGAAUGUAAAACAAACGCAAAACAAUUUGAGGAUAGAUGGAAUUUUCCAAAUGUAUUAGGAGCAGUUGAUGGUAAACAUAUCAAAGUUGUCCCUCCGCCUGAUAGUGGUUCUUACUUUUAUAACUAUAAAGAAUACAAUAAUAUGGUUUUAAUGGCUAUAGCCAAUGCAAAUUAUGAAUUUGUAAUGGUUGAUUUUGGAAUUAAUGAUCGUAAUUCUGCAUAA